GUACGACUCAACUAUACGUUUUCCAACGGCGACCGAUACGUGCAGUGCUUUCGCAUUCGUAGUUCUAUGGUGUCAAGUGUUUCGUCGCAGUUUUCGUACACCUAUAACCUUUUUGUCCUUGUUUUUAAAUUCAAAAUUGGGCUUAAAGGCAUAUAAGAAGGAAGUAAGAAAUUUAAAAUAAUGUCGACAAUACCAACAGUGUUACCACUAAAUAGUGGUCACGAAAUACCUGUUGUAGGCUUAGGAACGUACAAGUCCAGUUCUGGAGAAGUGGGGGAAGCCGUGAAAUAUGCCAUUCAAAUAGGCUACAGACAUAUUGACUGUGCCUGGAUGUAUGCUAAUGAGGCUGAAAUUGGACAUGUUCUCAAAGAAAUAUUGGACGAGGGUUCUAUUAAAAGAGAAGAUUUGUUCAUUGUGACGAAGUUGUGGAACAACUUUCACGCAAGGGAAUUAGUAGUGGAAAAAUUGAAAGAAUCCCUGAGUUUGUUAAAUCUUACAUAUAUAGAUUUAUACUUGAUACAUUGGCCAAUGGGUUUCAAGGAGAAUGCUGACCCAUUGCCAAAUGAUCCAUCUGCAUACACUGAUAUUGACUAUGUGGAAACCUGGAAAGGUAUGGAAGAGUGUGUGGAUCAAGGUCUGGCAAAGAGUAUCGGUUUGUCCAAUUUCAAUGAAGAGCAGAUUACCAGGUAUUUGGUAUUGGAGAAUUGUCGUAUAAGACCUGCAGUGAAUCAGAUAGAAGUGAACCCGAACUUGAACCAAAAAGAUUUGAUAGGGUUCUGUAAGGAAAGGGAAAUUGUAGUCACGGGUUACUGUCCGUUAGGUCGGGCUGCACAAAGUCAGGUCACACCGGGUUACCCGGUUUCGACAUUGUUGGACCAGAAAGUUGUGGAAAUGGGUAAAAAGUAUGGUAAGACGGCUGCUCAAGUUGUAUUGAGGUAUUUGAUAUCACUGGGCAUAGCUGUCAUACCGAAAUCAGUAAACGAAAAUCGAAUACAGGAGAAUAUCCAAAUAUUCGAUUUUGAUCUGGAUCCAGAAGACAUCAGCUAUUUGGACUCUCGCAACACAGGCCAACGAAUUGCAACACUUGUUGCUUAUAAGGACCACAAAUAUUACCCAUUUAGAUAGCUGCAAUGAAUGACAAAUUCUUGUUUUUUACAAUAGCAUUCUAAAAUUGGACAGUUGCAUUCUUAGUUGUAGAAUGCUUAAGUCCUAAAAUAUGUUUUAUUGGAAGUGAUGAUUAAAUGAUUUAGUAUGCAAUCUUAUGUGUAGAAUAACAUUGUAAGGGUCGAUUUUGGAGACAAAUUAAAUAUAGAUAUACAUGUUAGGUUGCAUGUGUUUGUAUUUGGUAAAUAAAUAAUUAAAUAUUCAUAUUUCAUUUUUUUACACCGCAGCAACAGGCAGAAGCCUAAAUGCCAGGGCACCGCGGCUGUUGAGGAGCUUAAAGAAACCUUGUUAAUCCGAUUUUUGACCUGCCUGAGCUUAGUGAACUGGAAAAAGCCUCCUCUUGUAAAUUGUCCCACAAU